GGAAGUAGCUUGUGUGACGGUGAGACGCACCAAUUUCAAACAUUUACUGGAAUAUAGUCACGGAUACUAUAGAGUCGACAGCGUUAAACAUCAGACAGCACAUAAGGUUUUAUCAGCGUGACCAACGUAACAGUUAUCAAGCAAACAAAUCGCGCACAUACACAUCGGCAGCACAGCAGUAGCGCAACAGACAAACAAACUUAAACCGCAGCUCAACGUAGCGAAACAACAGCUUACCGGUGGCGCAUCUCUCCUGACGAGACAACAUGUCAGACCUAGUACUCGGUCCCGUUUAUUACCUAUGCCCAUUCAUUUCUGGAUUCUAACACAUCGUCUUUUUCCUCUUUUGGGAUCUUACUGGUCCACGUUUCAACUCUUGACUAGCACGUACAUCAAUCAGGGUGAAGAUGCAGUGGAGUCUGUUUGUGUUCAUUGUGAUGGGUCAAUGUUCUUCCAUUGGGGGUCAGCUGUGUGACUACCACUUCAUUGGAGAGAAGAAGACCUGGAAAGGAGCCCAGGAGUAUUGCAGAAAGAACCACACUGACCUGGCCACAGUGUCUAAUGAGGCAGACAUGCAGAGACUCCAAAACCAUCCAAAGUAUCAAGCUGGAGCCUGGAUUGGGCUGCAGCGAGACUGGCGCUGGUCUCAGCCAGGGGUGGAGUUCAACGAGAGUAAAUGGUCUCCGGGACAGCCGAAUAAUGUACGCAAUCAGGAGAACUGUGUGAGGAUGAAGAUGAAGGAUGACAAAUGGGAUGACGACUCUUGUACUACAGCCUAUAGAUUUAUCUGCUAUGACGAAAACAAGAAAUCCGGCAAAACAUUUUAUAUCAGUGAGGAUAAGAAGACCUGGGAAGAUGCUCAGAGAUUCUGCAAAGAAAAAUACACUGACCUGAUCAGUGGAGUCAAACAGCUGGACGACUUCAAGACACAGCGCCAGAAUGAUGCAGAAACUUUCUGGAUCGGCCUGUUCAGAGACUCUAACUGGAGUUGGUCAGAUGGGAGCAGUUUCUCUUUCAGAUCCUGGGAUGAAGGUAAACAAGACCCUGAGAAGACAUGUGCUAUGACUACGUUAAAUGGAAAUUGGAGCUCUGAUGACUGUAAUAAAACCAAACCCUUCUUCUGCUACAACGAUUCAGUGAUCCUGAUCAAGAAGAACAUGAUCUGGGAGGAUGCGUUAUACUACUGCAGAGAUCACUAUGGCGACUUUGUCUCCAUCACCAACCAGGACGAUCAGCGCUGGGUCCAGGAGAGAGCCAAGAUGGCCUCCACUCCCCACGUGUGGCUGGGACUGCGCUACACCUGCACUCUGGACUUCUGGUUCUGGGUCAGUGACGAGCCGGUCCUCUACAAGAACUGGGGCCCCGGCCAGCCUGGGGACGAAUGCAACAUGUCUGGAGCCAUGGCCCGAGAGGGGACCUGGGUCAAAAAGAUCGACGAUGACCACCAGCUUAACUUCAUCUGUUCCAAGAACAAACCAGCAGAAUGUAACUAAGUUACAUUUUAACUGUGUCAAAAUCAAUAUUUUAAGAAGAAAGUUGUAAUAUAGAUCUUUUACUUUACAUUUUAACAGCGUAAGAUUAAUACUUUCAUUUAAGUUAAGGAUGUGUUUUAGUAAUUUACUCACUUUGUUUGGAGUGACGUUGACAUACUGUGUGUCCUCUGGGAUUAUUGAAUGGCA